AUGUCACCCAAGCACUCGUCGUCCAGAACUCCGAAAACUUCCAAGCAGAUCACACCCGGCUCCUCCUUCUCCUCUCGAAGCACGACUCAGGCUCAGGCUCAAUACGCUUCAUCACCUGCGGUUAGCUUCCUCUUCGUCGUUAAUGGCACUACGUUGAACGAUGAUCCUCAAGAGGAUGGGGUUGUUCCCCGAGUGGAUGAUUAUGGCAGAUGGCUCCCUCCAAUAUAUGCAGCUGGUUUUGGGCGACAAAAUCGUGGAACGGUCUUUCGAUGGAGCGAUGGAGACAUCAGUACCGCCUCGGGCUACCGGUGGGAUGAUGGAUAUGGGAAGACACCAAAUGACGAUACCCUCGAGCUAUACAAAGCUACAACAAUGGUUUGGUGCAAUCCUUUUUAUCAAUUCAUGGUGGCAGCUGGCGAUGCUACCACAAGGAACAUUGCAGACACCGUUCCGGGAGAUACCUGGUAUGCGAUCAAUUUUCACCAUGAGGAUGCACUCUCUCGUCUCGACUACGUAGGCAACCAGUACCUUGCAGGCAACGAUCGUAGCUUCAUCCGGCAGCUCGGGCUUAGCGCGUAUGAGAAUCCCGACGAAGAUGCUCCAAGAUCCAGCGGACUUGCCGGGAAUCUGGCUAUGCUGAUCGGGCUGGUAGCUUUCUCUUGUAAACGCAGAGAUCUGGAUCGAGUUCUUCUGACAGAGCGAGCUUGGCGGGGGAACAGGUGGCAUGGCCACAAUCAUUCUCAUGGCCGUAAAGAAACAAGAGGCAUGGUCGUGUCGGUGUAUCUGGAUCCUGAUAACCCAUCCGGCUCAACAUCAGCGAUACUGAACGACUUGGAGUCUCGCAGUGGUCAUCUUUUGAAGUAA